AGUUUCUUAAGCCCCACUAGUGCCAUGCACUUCAGCAAGCAUUGUCUCACUGAAUCUUCCCGAGAACCCUUGGAAGCGAUGCCCUCAACUUCACGCCCUGUACAGAUAAAGCAGCUGAGGCUCAGCUGGUUUAAGGCACUCUCCCAAAAUCUCUGAGCGGGGUUCAUAAUCAAGUCUGGAGGUGCCAUGGGGAAUAAUAAUACUAAACUGAGAUUUAACAUGCAACUAGGUGUACCAGGCACCUCAGUGGUCCCUGGAGAUAGAAAUCCUGAUGGAGAUAGGCAGGCAAACAGACAAAACCACAAUGAGGUCUGUGCUCCCACCUGGGCACAUGCAAGCUGAGUGUUCAGAGGGAAGAGGACAAGGAGGACGGAUGGUGUCCGGCUGCCAGCAAUGGUUUUCAAGGACAGAAGCAGCCACAGCCUGGGGCAGGACCAGCCAGGUAGAGAGGGUGGGCCGAGUCCUCAAGGGCCCUUGCCCCAUUCUCAGGCAGAGGGGGUGGGGGGGCUGCCCCCAGCUUCCGCUUCCGGCUCCCCACCCACACACUUCCUCACCACCUACCCCCAGACUGGCUCCCUAUGCCUCCUCCCCUGCCUUAUAAGCCCCCUGACCUUUCUACCCCUAAUUAACCCCCCCACUACGUCCCACCAUCACUCCCCACUCUCACCUGCCUGACCUUUGCCUUCUAGAACUCCUGGAAGUUUCCAACUGUUGCUUUUAAUUUGAAAACUCAUCCCAUUCUUAAGCAGUUGGUCCUGGGUGGAGUUGGUCCUCCAACCCCUGGAUCGCAAAUUUUGUGCCACUCCUCCAUGUUCCACUUUUUUCGUAGCCUGGUGGGGAGCAAGGGCAGCCCAAAGAGCUCUGGCAAGGCCCUGUUGGGAGAUCAGCAGUGCCCCUUGAGAGAGCUGGCUGCUGCGUCCUUGGUGGCAACCGGCCAGAGGGAAGUGGGGAAGAAGGAUCCCAGGCUGCAAGCCUCAGUGCCCCACACCCUCUCUAUGGCCCUGCCACAGCACAGUCCCUCAGGGCUGGGGAUGGGGGUUGGGGUCUUGGGCAUCACAGCCCCAGGUGCAGAGGUAAAGUCAGUUCUGCCCAGAGAAAGCCUGGAGGUUCUAGGCAAUCUGUCUGAGAAGGAGGAGAGGGAAGAGGAGGAGGAGGAAGAGGCAGUAGAGGAGGCCUCCGGAGAUACAGGGACCUCAGACAGGGGCCACUCUCCCCAAGCCCUGGAGGUGAAGCAGAGGGCCACAGGACCACCGGAGGUCAGCCCCGAGGUCUUCACCAGGGAGGAGGAAAAGGAGUGUCUGCUGGACGGAGACCUCAGGCUGGCCUCUUUGAACGUGGGGGCAACUCCCUGGAACCACCUCCUCACCUUGUACAAGCAACUUCAGAAACUGGCCAUGGCCAAGGAGGAAGGUGAGGAAGAGGAAAUGGAGGAAGAGGACAGCUCAUUCCAGCUCUGUGUUCCAGGCAUUGUCACCCUCCAGUCGCCACUGCAUAAGACAUUUAGGUCAACAGACACAGUGGGCUUCACGGAGCCAGAGUUAGAGAAGCUUCUGGUAGUACAACAGGAGUCCCGCCUCUGGAAGAUGGGCGGCCCCGAGGGCCAGGAGCCACUGAAGCAUCCCGAGAUCUCCCUGGAGGAGGCAGGCAUCGUGCACGACCAGAGUCCAAAUGUCCACUUUUGA